AAACGUUUGGAUAAACCUGGGAUUGAGAAUUUCAAGCGCCGGGCUAGUAGCUUCCAAUUCUCAGUUCUCAUCGCACCAAACAGUGAGUGAGUGAGAGAGGGAGAGCGCUUUGGAGAAGAUAAUCAAUGGCGAUAUCAUCAGCACUUUCUGUAACUACACUAUUCCCACUAUGCCGUUCCUCCAGCACCGUCUCGACGAAAACCGAACUUUCCGUUCUCUGUUUGCCCUCAAAUUGCCUAAAAUUUGAAGCCCUAAAACCCCUUCGCCCGUCAACUUCUAGGAUUUUUGCUGCUCCUGAAACCCUAGUUGCUUCUGACUCUGCUGACCUUGAGGUUGAAACUCCUGGUGCUUCCACGCUUAGUGUUGGUGCUGAUUCUGACAAGAUGGCGCCAAAGCAAAAAAUUAGAAUCAAAUUGAGGUCGUAUUGGGUGCCCCUGAUCGAGGACUCAUGCAAGCAGAUAAUGGAUGCUGCAAGGACAACCAAUGCCAAGACAAUGGGUCCUGUGCCAUUACCAACCAAGAAACGAGUGUACUGUGUUCUUAAAUCUCCACAUGUACACAAAGAUGCCAGGUUCCAUUUUGAAAUUAGAACUCAUCAGCGCCUCAUUGACAUUCUCUACCCGACUGCCCAAACAAUUGAUUCCUUGAUGCAACUUGACCUUCCUGCUGGGGUUGAUGUGGAGGUCAAGCUUUGAAAAAGCCUGCUGGUGCUUGGGUUGUGACAUGAGGACUUCCUUGAGGUAGCCUAUCCUUGUACAUGCUCUCCAGCAUGCUUAAUUCGAGAGUUCUGAUAGAAUCUGAUGCAUUAUCACUGGUAUAAUCGUACCCAGCAACAAAAACUAUCCUUAUUUUUAUGCUAAUUUGUACAAGGUAACAAGUGAUGGAUGUCAACGUGAAAAUCUUGGUUCAAUCUCCUGUUAUAUUAUUCGGAUAGAAAUUUGAAUUUUACUCAAAUCCAAUAAUAUGGGUUAAGUUCGUGUUUAAUUU